AUAAAAUGCGAGGGACUUAAAAAUGUAAUUGAUGCUGAACUGACCGCUACUGGGGCCGUUUACGGCCGCAAUUCCCACCUAUACGCGGCCCUCAAGAACCAGACAUCCCUCAAAUCCCCCCCCUCCUCUACCCACCUGCGCCUCGAACCCACCCUUCCAUUUUUUGCAACACAAUCAGAGAGCAAAGGGAGCCUGAGUGAAGGAUUCGUCUUUUGCCAACACAUACAACGGUUGAGUGCCAGUGGAAGUUUUCCCUUCUAUUGAGCUUCAAAUACCCGUCAUGUCCUACAGCCCUGAUCCACCUGCCUGUAAAGGAUGUGGUAUCAUGGGAGCCCAUCGUACCCUCAGAUGUCCUCAACGCCCGUGUUCAUACUGUCGCGAAUAUGGGCAUAUCAUUGAUGACUGCCCAUCCUGUCCUGUAUGUGAUUUAUGUCAUCGCAAGGGCCAUGAACAUUCAUGUAUCCGGAGAAAAGUGUUUCAUUAUGAAAUACCAGGAACUGCACUACGGAAGCGUGGAAGCUCAGGAUCCAGUCAACAACCCUGUAAACAACAAACGAUUUCAUUUACGUCUCGACACAUUUUGCCAGUCCCUCAAUCACAAGCCACUGGAGCGAAUGGGGCUAAUCCAGAGUCCUAUCUUAUCACUCCAGAAAUCACAUUUCCAACUCUCCGUCAAACGAUCAGCACAAUCAUCGACUACCUAGUAAAGCAAGCUGAUGUUAAUUUGAGGCAUAUUCCAUACAAGCAUGUUAUCGGUACAGUAGGCACAGAAGAGCUUGUCGAUGUACUUCUCAAUGGUAUUUGUCCAGAGAUUACGAAUUUGGAAGGUCAAAUUAUAAUAACUGAGAGGUAAGUAUUGAGCUCCAGUAUGGACUCAUCUUGCAAGUAGCUCUGACGGUCCGGAUCAGGCUGCUUGCCAUUCAUAAGAAGCAGCUCCGAGAUGCAAUAGACCUCUGGCGACGAAACAGUGGUUAUCUGGACUUUGUCCUAGAUGAUCGCAACAGAGACUACUGGCG